AUUGAACAAAUUAAUUCCUCCCUCUCUCUCUCUCUCUCUGUAGUUGUGGGCCAUCAGAAUUUCUUAAUAAUCCUGCGAAGUGAAAGCACAAAACCCAGAAUUUCUAUUCUUCUCUCUCUAUCGCUUCCCUUCUUUUCACCACCGUCGGCCAUCAGAAUUUCUUAAUAGCGUAAGCACAAAAACCAAUUGAUUUUUGAGUAAAUUCUUAAUCCCAAAAUCAAAAUGGAAACCCCAUUAUCCACAAGAAGAGCAACAAGAUCCCAGACCUUGGCUGCUGUUACUGACAACAGUAUAAACAACAAAAACAAUAUGGAAGUCUCAAAAUCUGAAAAAAUUGUGACAAAAUCAAGGCAUAUGAGUAACAAAAAGGGACCAGAUCGAUCAGCUUUUAUGGAUAUAACAAAUGAUUCCCCAAUUGUUGGGCUUGCAAAGGGGAAUUUGAAAACCCCAUCAUCUACAAUCUCCAGAAAGAGAAUCAACUGUCGAGCCAAGAUCACCGGCACCCCGGGCUCGGGAGAAGCCCUGUUGAGAGAUCAAGUGAAGUCCCUCUUGCAAAAAGUUGAAGAAGAGGCUGAGCUUUCGAAAAUUACUUUGCAACACAAGCCUUUUUUCAACCUUGUCAACUCUCCAAUAGGCCUUCUUGCACCCACUCCUGCAAAUACACCCCAAAUCUUGAACCUCAGUGAUAGUAGCAGCAAUUACUUGCCUUCUGUUACACCAUCCCCAGUUGAAGACAAGUUUUUGAUCCCUCAGAAUCAGAUAAUAAGUAAGAUCUCAGAUGGGGAGGAACAAGAUGCAAUCGAGUCUGAGAAGAGUGUGGUUACAAGGUCUCUGCUAUUGGAAUUUUUUGAGAAAUCGGACAGCUCUGAUUCGUCCGUGCUGACAUAUGAAGGAGAAGGCAGUGAAAGUAGCGAUGUGAAGCUAUCGAUUGAUGAAGAUGAUGCAUCAAUUUGGUCUAUUCAGGUAAACGCAAGCAGUAAUAGAGACGACUGCGAAGAAGAAGAAAGAGAGGAGGACUUCUUUGAAGAAGAGUUCGAAAAGGAAUGCGAUUAUGACUACAAUUUUGUGGAUGAAGAAGAUUAUGAUCAAGGAUUGCUCGACGAACUAUGUGUAGGAAUGACCAAAAUGAAUAUGAAUGGACGCAAGAAAAUGGUUAAAUUUAGCGGAAAACAUACUCGAUUCGUGUACAGCAGUGACGAUGAACUUGAAGUAGCAGCAGCAUGCAAUGGUGAAAUUGAAUCUCCCGCUUCAUAACAUGAUUAUUGUUUCAAGGGAGUGCAAGGAACGUAUUGCUUUUAAGGGUGUGUUUUGGGUCAUUUUUUGAAUUCAAAGAAAUUUGAAUUCUUUCUUCUAAUGAUAUUUAUAGUCUGUUGAACGGACCAUUCCUUUUUAA